AUGCAAGUGCUAAACUGUUCUACCAAAUUACUGAUACUGGAAAAAAUGUUGAAGAGUCACUUUCCUGAAUCACUCAAGGUCUAUGGAGCAGUGAUGAACAUAAAUCGUGGGAAUCCCUUUCAAAAAGAAGUGGUAGUGGAUUCAUGGCCAGACUUCAAAGCUGUUAUCACCCGGCGACAGAAAGAGGCUGAGACAGACAACCUGGACCAUUAUACUAAUGCCUAUGCUGUGUUCUACAAGGAUGUCAGGGCUUACCAACAGCUAUUGGAAGAACGUGAUGUUAUCAACUGGGAUCAAGUUUUUCAAAUACAAGGGCUGCAGAGUGAAUUAUAUGAUGUUUCCAAAGCUGUUGCCAACUCAAAGCAGUUAGGUGUAAAGCUUACUUCCUUCAAAGCUGUUCAUCUUUCUCCUCAUUCAACUCUGCCGGACACCAGUUCUUUAAUGAGUUCUCCCCCACGGCUAACAUACCUGAGCGUUACUGAUGCUGAUCUACUCAACAGGACUUGGUCACGAGGAGGCAAUGAACAGUGUCUCCAGUACAUCAAAAACCUCAUCUCUUGCUUCCCCAGUGUAUGUGUCCGUGAUGACAAGGGAAACCCAGUCUCUUGGUCUCUCACAGACCAGUUUGCCACUAUGUGCCAUGGCUAUACCCUGCCAGAGUAUCGCAGGAAAGGUUAUAGCCGGCUGGUGGCCCUCACGCUGGCCAGGAAGUUGCAAAGCCGGGGAUUCCCCUCUCAGGGCAAUGUCCUGGAUGACAACCUGGCAUCCAUAAGCCUCCUGAAGAGUGUCCAUGCUGAGUUCUUGCCCUGUCGUUUUCACAGGCUUAUUCUUACCCCUGCAGCUUUCUCUGGCUAAGUUUAGCUCUAGCCUAUUGAAACUUCGGGCAUUUUCUUCCUUUCCCUGAUGAUACAUAUACUCCUUAACUGGCAACGAGGAGAAUAUUCAAACUGGAGUCAGAAGAAUCUCAGGUUGUUGAAAGCAGCCUGGA